UUUUUUAAAGAAAUAAUGAAUAGCUUCCAGUUAUUCUUUGUUAUUUUUUUGAUACUUAACAUAGCAAUGAUUACUUCAGUAAAUGGAGGAGAUUUUUUUGCAGAUUGCUGUAAUUUUCUUUGCCAUAGUUGCUUCUUAAACGUAGGUAUACUUUGUCAAGAUGGAAAUUUGGUAGAACUCAAAUCAUCAUUGCUUACUCAAUGUAAACAAGCAGGGCACUAUUGUUCGAACAAAUGGUCUAAAUUAAUUUAA